AUCGGAGGUCAUCGGAGUGUGUGGUUUUAAGCGGUAGGUGGCAGAAGGGAGUCGCGGGAUGCCAUGGAUGUUUUGUUUACAAAGCUACUCAAGGCAGGCACUUUAUCUCCGUCGAAUAAAGCAGCUAACCUACAUUCUUGCUGACUGCAGAGGUUUUUCGCUGUGUCUGUCAGCUGACAGUUGUAUGAGGCUAGCAUGUUCACUUCGCAGUUAGCUCGCACGUUUAUUCCAAAUUUAUCGUUUUUUGAGGACGGAGCUAUUGGGUUUUUGAGGGCACUCAGGCUGGACCUAUUUUUUAACCGGAUAUUUAAUUCUGUGUAUAAUUUGAGGAAAUUCAACACAUAAACCAACCGCUUAAGUGACUAUAUUAGCAUUAGCGAGCUCCUGCUAGGGAAAAGAUCCUGAAGCUAACUAGCUGAGAGUAGCUAAAGGAGUGGGCGUCUGCCUGAGGAGGGCUAAAGUGUCCUUUUUAAGUUUAGUGGGAACCCUAAGCUGUCUGCAUCUCCUGAGGUAAAUGUUGAUUAAAUGGCAAAAACUGAGCAGGGCAAUGGACUCGACGUGCGUGACAGCACAGAGAAGCUGACGGAUAAUGGGAGAGGAAGUUCACCUAGAUCCGACCCAGAGGUGAAUGGCACCAUCCCCGCAGAGACGGAGGUGGACAAGUACGGCUUCACAGGAGGAGCCCAGCAAAACUCCAGAAACCUUGCUGAAGAGGUUCCCCCUGAGGUGUUGAGGCAGAGGGAGGCAAAGUGGCUGGAGAUGCUCAAUAGCUGGGACAAGUGGAUGGCCAAAAAGCAUAACAAGGUGAAAGAGCGCUGUCAGAAGGGGAUCCCUCCAUCCCUGCGGGGCCGGGCCUGGCUCUAUCUCACUGGGGCCAAAGUGAAAAGGGAGCAAAACCAGGGCAGGUUUGAGGAGCUGGACAACCAAUCCGGUGAUCCAAAAUGGGUCGAUGUCAUUGAGAGGGACCUGCAUCGGCAGUUUCCCUUCCACGAAAUGUUUGCUGCAAGAGGAGGUCACGGGCAGCAAGACCUGUUUCGAGUGCUGAAGGCAUAUUCUUUGUAUCGACCGGAAGAGGGCUACUGCCAGGCUCAGGCUCCCAUUGCUGCUGUUCUCCUGAUGCACAUGCCAGCUGAGGAUGCUUUCUGGGUUCUGGUCCAGAUCUGUGAGAAAUACCUUCCUGGAUACUACAGCACAGGGCUGGAGGCCAUCCAGCUGGACGGGGAGAUCCUGGAGGCUCUGCUGCGGCGGGUGUCAGCCGUGGCCUACCGCCAUGUAAAGAAGCACAAACUGGAGCCGGUCCUCUACAUGACUGAAUGGUUCAUGUGCGCCUUCUCCCGGACCUUGCCGUGGGCCUCGGUGCUUCGGGUCUGGGACAUGUUCCUCUGUGAGGGCGUGAAGAUCUUCUUCAGAGUUGGCCUGGUUCUCCUGAAAUGCAUGCUGGGAACUCAAGACAAACUGAAGACCUGCCAAGGUCUCUAUGAGACAGUGGAGCUGCUUCGGACGAUACAGCCACAGUACAUGCAGGAAAGCUUCCUGGUGCACGAGGUUUUGGUGUUACCAGUGUCAGAGAAAGACAUUGAGAAGGAACACCUGACCCAGCUGCGGCGCUGGAAAGAGACUCAUGGAGAUCUACAAUGCAAGUCCCCUCCGAGGAUGCACGGCGCCAAGGCCAUAAUGUCCGCCGAGCCACCCAGUCGCCAGGAUCUGAAACAGAGGCCCACCAUCAUCGUGGAGUCUCCCCUGGCGUCCAAGACAGAUGGGGUGCAAACAGAGGAGGCCAAGGGAACUAGAAAGACUAAAGAGGGAAAUGGUCACAGAAGAGCUCUGCCGCCACUGGAGGUGGUCAACCCCUACGCUCCUGUCAGUGACCCGCCGCCACUCCGGGAGCCCGAGGCCACACGGGGCUCCAGGGAGAGCCUGAGCAGCGCGGAGCAUGACACCUACCUGUAGCAGGGCAGAGUUUGAACCUUUUUUAUUUACUACAGUAAGUCAUUCCACUCAGAUAUGUGUUACCCGCCAUUCUUAUCAGCCAGGUGUCACGGUUUGUGUGACGGGGGGAACUGUAGUAAGCAUCCCGGUCGUGACGCCUGAGGCUUGUGCAGCUGAACCUGAGGCGGUUGGGCAGACAGUUUUCAGAGUGGGUUCAACCAUGGAGAUUACUGGUUUCCCGAACCUUUGUUUGCCAAGUUAUACAGCCAAGAAUGUAAAGCAUGGGGUGAAGCGCAUAUAUGUAUGUUCCAGGGAGUUUGUGUGGAGAGAGAUUUUCAUUCAUUUGUGAAUGAGACGCUGAAUGUUCAGGGAUGCACACAGCCUAACAGGCGUUGCUGCUAGUUACCUGUUCACAGCAGGGCUAAUCUGUUUAGACCAACUCUGACGUGGUUGUAAUUGAUGGGAUCUUUGUCUGAAACACCUGGCCCUCAGAGUCUUCCUUUUUGCCAACAGUAGUCACUACAUUGUCAACGCAGACAUUUCUAUGUAUCCUGCUUUUCUAUUCUCAUCCUUUCACACUCAUUUGCUGACGUUGGAGCCCUUUUCACACAGCCUUUGCACCUUAUCACCUUACUUAACCUGCCUCUCCGCCCCAUUGAUAAUCUCACAGAGCACAUAGUGCAGUCCCACGCCCCGUCAGUGUGCACUUUCCGUAACUCAAGCUAGUGUUACAGAAUCAAUCGGUGGGUGGUGGCAGCAGUUAUGCCAUGCUGGCUUACGCUCACACACAAUGUGACUACCUCUUUACAGCUCUGAUACAUAUCAACAUGUGGGCUCCGGCCUCCCAUCCUGCCUCUGUACUUGCAUAGGGCUUCACUCUACAUCGCUCUUGCCUUGAAUACGCUGUGUGGAAAGGGCUGCAGGUUUUUGUGUAGAAUAGAAGAAGUGUGCGUUUGCUGUCUCUGAGCACACGGGGGCGUCCUGACACCGUAACCAGGCCUCCGGCUCCAGCAGCAGGGGGAAGAUAAUCAACUGACGCCAGCUGUCACACUCAAGUACAUUUUUUUUUUUUUAGAUUAAGAUUUCUAUUCAGUGAAGAAAUGUUGUACAGAUAGUUGCCAGUUUUGGAGUGCAAAUACUUUAUAUUUAUGAUUUGAAUAAGAAUGAUAGAUUUUUAGGAAUGUUAAUCUCUUUUUGUGCAAUCUCAAUCAGACGUUUGUGGUUGCUUUGACCAGAGAUUGUUCUUAAAUUUUAAACCAAAAAGCAAAGUGGUUGAUUUUAGCUCGAAAAAUUUUAACAUUAAGUAAUAAUAAAUUAUUAACCAGACGAAAAAUUAACAAACAUGGGAAACAUACACCUUUGAUGAUAUAGGUUUAAUUAAAACAUUUUAAAAAAUAAAAAGGUUUGGGAUUUAAUUCUAACUGUUCAGGAAACAGUACAAUAAGCUUUUUCAUUUGUUGUUGCACAUGAUGGAACUACGUAAACGAUUAGUUUCUCACCGAUGUUUCUCAUUGGUUGGGGAGAUGUUUUGAUUGUUAAACACAGAAGAUUAUUUUUGAAGUAUUCCAUAAUUCAGAGCUGUUUUCUAUCGAUGCCAUGCCCUCUGAAUUUAUUUCCCAGCACACUGAAUCUUUUGAUAUGAUAUUUUCAUAACUCUGUUUUUCCGUACAACAGACUUGAGUUUCAUCAACAUAAAGAACAUCAGUGGGAUUCUUACUGAGUUGUUUAUUGUGCCACUGGUCAUCAACCAGCAAGAAUGUGGAAUUGUAUAAUCUAAAUACUUUUUUCUUCUGUAUCAAGAGUUCAAUUCAGUUAAACGUUGUGGAGAGAAUAAAAGAUGCACACUCCAUCA